UAUACUUAGCAUUAGGAGCACAUCAGAGCCCGCAGGGUAACUGAGGGGACAGAUCCUCGUCUGUGAGCCCGAGCCAUGGCUCUGCUGCUGGACAGCUCCCGCACCACGGCAGCCUACUACUGCCUGAUCCGCCGCAGGUUCAAGAGGAGGAGGAAGAAACGCUCCGAGCGCAAAGGUCGAGUGGGAGCUCGGCUACCUCGAAACCAACAGAGGCUGCUCGCCAUAGAGGUGGACGAAGUGGAAAGCAUGAGUUCAUGCAGCACAGAUGUUAAGGAAAAUCGGAACUUGGACAACCUCUUCUCCAAAGAGGGGGUUGCAGCUGAGGCUGCUCAACUCCCCAAUGGGAGUGCUGGGGGUGGGCGGAAACGUCCCUUAGAGGAGGGCAAUAAUGGGCAUACACAUUCCAAGUACAGGCCCAAGAAGCGUAAGAAAGUCCCCGGGCCCAUUCUGCCUAAGAAUGCCCUAAUGCAGCUGAAUGAGAUCAAACCAGGGCUGCAGUACAAACUGCUCUCUCAGACCGGGCCGGUCCAUGCGCCCGUCUUUGUGAUGACUGUGGAGGUCAACGGGCAGCUUUUUGAGGGUUCGGGUCCUACCAAGAAGAAGGCCAAACUGAACGCAGCAGAGAAGGCCCUGCGAUCCUUCGUCCAGUUCCCCAAUGCAUCUGAAGCCCACAUGGCCAUGGGCCGGACUCUCUCUGUUCACACGGACUUUACCUCGGACCAGGCUGACUUUCCAGACAUGCUCUUUAAUGCCUUUGAGACAUCCACUCCUGUAGAUGACCCGUUUUACCUCGCACCCAACAGUAAUGGUUCCUUCAGCUCAUUGGGAAUAGAGUACCCAUUGCUACCCUCCCCUGUUCCAAACCUGGUCCAGGCCCCCUUACCUCCAGCCCCCUCCACCUUCACCUCCCCUACAAGCGGCAAGAAUCCAGUAAUGAUCCUCAACGAGUUGCGACCGGGCCUCAAGUAUGACUUUGUGUCAGAGAGCGGUGAGAGCCAUGCCAAGAACUUUGUCAUGUCAGUGACAGUAGAUGCUCAGAAUUUCCAGGGUUCUGGGCGGAACAAGAAGCUGGCCAAGGCCCGGGCUGCCCAGGCUGCUCUGUUCGCUCUGUUUAACAUGCAGCUGGAUCAGGCUCCAUCAAGACAGCCUAUACCCAGAGAAGGGCUGCAGCUUCACCUGCCUCAGGUCCUGGCAGAUGCCGUCUCCCGCCUGGUCGUUGACAAGUUCAGCGAACUGACGGACAACUUCACGUCUCCCCAUGCUCGACGGAAAGUGUUGGCGGGUGUCGUCAUGACAACAGGUACUGAUGUGAAGGAGGCUGAGGUCAUCUGUGUGUCCACGGGGACAAAGUGCAUCAAUGGUGAAUACAUGAGCGAUAGAGGUUUGGCACUCAACGACUGCCAUGCUGAGAUUGUGGCUCGCCGGUCGCUCAUCAGGUACCUGUACUCGCAGCUGGAGCAUUUUCUCAGUAACCAUGAAGAGGAGCAACACAAGUCCAUCUUCACCAGGUGUGAAAACAGACAAGGCUUCAGACUGAAGGAAAAUGUCCAGUUCCACCUGUACAUCAGCACUUCCCCCUGUGGAGACGCCCGCAUCUUCUCUCCCCAUGAAGCUGGAGUGGAGGAUCAGGGAGAUAGACACCCAAACAGAAAAGCCCGUGGGCAGCUCCGCACUAAAAUUGAGUCCGGUGAAGGAACCAUCCCAGUACGCUCCAGUAACACCAUUCAGACGUGGGACGGGGUUCUUCAGGGCGAGAGGCUGCUCACCAUGUCCUGCAGUGACAAGAUUGCUCGGUGGAACGUGGUUGGAUUCCAGGGCUCUCUGAUGAGCUACUUCACUGAGCCCAUCUACUUCUCCAGCAUCAUUCUGGGCAGCCUGUACCACGCCGACCACCUCUCCAGAGCCAUGUACCAGAGGAUUACUGAGAUCGAGGACCUGCCGCAGUCCUUCAGCUUGAACAAACCGCUGCUCAGCGGGAUAAGUAACGCAGAGGCUCGUCAGCCAGGGAAAGCACCCAACUUCAGUGUGAACUGGACGGUGGGAGACCAAGGCCUAGAGGUGAUCAACGCCACCACAGGGAAAGAUGAUCUGGGUCGACCCUCCAGGCUCUGCAAACACGCUCUCUACAGCCGCUGGAUGCGUCUGCACUGCAAGGUAACACACUCAAUGAAUCUUUCCUCCACCCUGCGGAUCAGGGUAGUGAGGCCCAGCAUCUACCACGACGCCAAGCAGGCAGCAGUGGAGUACCACAGCUCCAAGCAGACACUCUUCAGAGCCUUCCACAAAGCCGGACUGGGCGCCUGGGUGAAGAAACCUAUAGAGCAGGACCAGUUUGCACUCAACACCUGAGUUAGCGCUGGGCUGCCGGUGGUGGGGGUCUUUGACAGAAAACACGUCAGACUGCUCGCUUUUCUUUCUGAACCAGUUUCAGUGGUGGAAUAAUUUUCCUCUGGAUUGUUAUGGACUGGACUGGUGUUACUGGGAAGAAAGAGGAUGUCAGAACCCAUGGAUUUAACAUUCCUCCUUAAUUUUUAUAGCCUCAUGCUACUCCCUCUCAGCCAGCACUACACAUAAAAAAAAGAUUAUUCAUUGGUUAUGCAACUUUAUACAAAGGACAAAUGUAAAAACAGACUUUGGGAAUGGAAACUUGUAAACGGCAUUGUUAGUUAAAAUGGCCCUUGUUUAUAUAAGAAUAGUGAUAUAUUCAUUUUGCAUGUAUGAUUAUACCAAAUUCAUACGAAGUCUACAGUAAAAGGUUUGUUAUCAUGUCAGUAUUGUGAUCUCAAAUUAUCAGUGUUGUGAUAACUCGAGAAUGUCCUCCCACAGAUUGUAAAACUCUGUUUUAUCUGCUCUGUUGCAGUUCGUUGACUGUAAAUUUGAGGCCACAAGGAUAUUUUAAUUUUAUUUCAAGCUAAGGAUACGCCUCCUCCAAUGUCUAAAAUUACAAAAAUUGUUCUCUAUGACAUUAGAAGAUUCACAUUCACAGCUCCUUCCAUUUCUUAGGUACUGGGAAGGUCAACACAUUUUUGAUUCCAUGUGAUUCUUAAGUAUGGUGGACUUGCCUAUGCUGUUCUUGUUCCAAAUUGUUUCUACACUGUAACUGAGUAUCCGUCCAGACUGUAAAAUAGCAUAGAUGGAGUGUCUGUGGCAUCACACACAGGUUUCUGAAGAGGUAUUUGAAAGGCUGUGCUGCUAUCUUGCCAGAAAAUCUAAAUGUGGUCCAAGGGGAGAAAACCUGGGUAAAAGUGACAACCACCAGGGCUGACUGUGAUAGGGUGACACACCUGUCAAUAGAAGAAAUAUGAUCUAAAACAUUGUUCUGUUUAACUAGAAGUGCCAGCGACUAUGCCUUUUUUAAUCUACGGUCUUGUCCAUACUUUUAUUCUCGUUAAACAUCAAGUCGACAUUCCACAUUUAGUCAAGAACGUCCAAACGCCCAGAGAUUUCUUGCUUCGUCCAUUUUAUCCAUAACCUGACUUGUUACACAGAGCGGUCUAGGAAAGCGUUGGUUGAAACUGUUUGGAAAAGGGCAGGCACUUUCAAAAAGUACUUGGCAAGUGAUUGGAUGAACCAUCUGUCACGUGCAAACUUCAACCAAUAAGAUCAACAGCCAUUAAUGUAGUCAAACUCUUAAUAAAGCCAGUCGUGAGAAGAGCGAAAACAUCUUUACCAUCGAGAAAAGGCUUCAGUGCCGUUCUUUGCUCUCCUGAUAUAACUGACACUAGCAGAAUCUACACUAACCUCUAUGGUAGCUGCCAGUGUGGUUUAACCAACAGUGUCUUCUCACCACAUCACACCUAGGGCCCACCACCCUAGCUGCCAGUACUUCCUCGAAGGAAGCUGAUAGGUCUGGCCACAAACAUAGAGCAUAGAUCAGCAUAGAUUGAAGAUGGAUUAUCAUGUGAUUUUGUGAUCUUGCAAGUCUCGCUGCUUCCCAAGGUAUCCAGAAUGUUUUGGGAGUUGACUUGUGUUUGUGGCUAUCCCAGCAUGCAUUUCACAUCAACCAGCAGCAAUGGUAGAGAAUAGCCGCACUCACAGAUAAGUUAUUGUGACACCAAAUUUAGUUUUGAGUAAUCAAAUAUGGGGUUGAUUUAUUAAUAUAGUGAACUAAAGGUAACUGAAGGGAAAGUGAAGGUCGGUGUUCCACAUAUUUAACAUUGUACAGAAGCGCCUUUCCAUAAAUUUUAAUUAGGAACAUUAGCGCUUUAAGUGAACACUGUCCUAAUUUCAAUUUGAUUCUCAAUUUGGAAUGGAAUAUAAUAUUCAUAGGUAUGUUUUCAUAACUGUCAUUAGUCAUUAUUGUAGAAUCGCCUGAAAAUAAGAAUCGUUGUGUUUUUGUUACCUUAGCGGUUUGAUUGGUUGCAAUCUUCUUACCACUUGAUGCCACUAAAUCCUACACACUGGUCCUUUAAGCUCUCAGCUGUGGUGGUUGGUUCAGAUUGAUGCUUCAUGUAGUUUGGUUUGCCUUUCAAAGCAAAGGAAUUGCUGUUUAUCAGAUGUCGCAUCUGUCCCCUCAUACCCUUUAACCCUUGCAGUUUCCUCUAGGGUGACACCAAACCGAUGCAGUUGCAGACAGCUGAGUAUGAAUAGCCUCGUUCACAUGUAACAGAACAAAGGAAACACUCCAUUUUAACACACCCUAAAACAUCUGUCCUUAUAAGAGCCCUGUUGCACUAGAUCAGAGUUACAACCCUUAUGCAAUGAUCUCUCCUACACUGAUAGUCUGUAUGCAGUAACCACAGUAAACCCUGCUAGUGUUGUUGCUGUUCAGUCACUAUUGCCGCCAGUAAAAGCUCACCAAAGAUGAUGUCAACAUCUGUCAAACUGUUAAAAUGUGUUCUUUUCUGUGUCGUUUUCCACGCAUUCAGAUGUUUUUAUUAUAACUGCCUCGACAAACCUUGUAUCUCAAACCAUUCAAACGUACGUUUGUGAAGAUGUGUGAAGUUUUGUGUGUAAUGUUCUACUCUUUUAAAACCAAACAAGACAGAGUCACAAAUCACCUGUUUCCUCUAUAGCAAAUGUAAAUUUUAACUGUCAAAAUAAUGUUUUUAAUUUUCUAAAUUCUUUAUUUAGCUGUGAAACCCCCUCUGGAUGUAAAACACACACAGGGCAUAUUAACUUAUUUACUUUUAAUGUAUGGUUGAGUUAUUUUCUUUGUAUAUUUUUAAUGUGUAUCCUUCUGCUUCUAUUUAAUGUCUUAACUUUGAGCAUGUUUCUGUCUCGGCAUAACUGGCUCCAGGCGACAGGCCCUCAGGGUUUUUGGAGGUGCCGGCCAAUUAAGUUCCCAGAGGUAUGCACUUUUUAAAAAGGGAAAACAAAUUUUCCAUUGACUUUGAGUUAAGCAAAAGUGAAUGGAUGAAUGGGAAAAGAUGCUCUGCUGUAUGUCCAUCCUCCCUGUCCAUAUAUUGGUGGUUGGUACAGUUCUGAUGGGUUCAUGCACUGCGUUAUUGAUUUGCCCCAUAAAUAUAGCAGGACUGUGGGGCCUAAUGCAUGAGCUCUACCUGUAAAGCAUGAUAAAUAUAAAAUAUGUAGAAACUGAGUCAAGUCACUGAGCUAGAGAUUUAAUAAAAUACUAUUACAGUCA